AUGCGUUGCCAGAUCGGCCUCGUCUCUGUCCUGGGCAUGCUGGCUUCGGCCCACCCUGCCCCUGCUCUCGAUGCCAGGCAGGCGUCUGGCUCUGCCGUGGCCUCCCCUGCCCCCUCUGACACCAACAACAACCCCCAGGAGUCUGCCGUGCCUGUCAUCACCACUGCCACCGGCACCGUCGCCACGGCUGCCCCCGUCCAGGCCACCGACGCCCCUGCUUCGGACGGCUCGGACAGCGAUGCCGCUGGUGUCGCCGGCACCGUUCUCAUCCUCGCUCGUGACGAGUACAGCGCCUCUCUCGGCAGCGCUGGCCUCGUCGGCUACGGCAUCAACUAUGAGCACUACAUCGUGCCCAAGGAGGGCCGUGACCUGCCCAAGCUCAACUCGACUCUGAAGCACGGCAACUACGGUGGCAUCAUCGUCACCGACGCCCUCGCCUACGAGUACGAUGACGGUUGGCACAGCGCCUUCUCCUCUGAGCAGUGGGCUGCCAUCCACUCCUACCAGGCCGACUUCCGCGUCCGCAUGGUCCGCAUCAACGAGUACCCCGGCCCCCAGUUCGGUGUCACCACUGUCGGCGGCGGCUGCUGCGGCGCCGGUGUUGAGCAGCUCAUCAGCUUCACUGACGUUUCCGCCUUCCCCACUGCCAACAUCAAGAAGAACGCCGGUGUCACCAGCCAGGGCCUCUGGCACUACCCCGCGUCCAUCACGGACACGGCCACCACCAAGCAGGUCGCCAAGUUCGGCACCGGUGGCACGUACACCUCGGAGACCGUCGCCGCUGUCAUCAACAAGAUCGACGGCCGCGAGCAGUUUGUCUGGUUCACCUCGUGGGCCCCUGACUGGUCGUCCACCUCCAACUACCUGCAGCACGCUCACAUCCACUGGAUGACCCGCGGUGCUUUCCUUGGCAAGCGCAAGACGCACCUGAGCGCCCAGAUCGAUGAUGUCCAGCUCGGCACCGACCUGUACUACCCUGCCGGCGGUCACUACAAGAGCACCACAGCUGAUCUCAACGGUCACGUCUCUUGGCAGAAGAACCUCAACACUCGCCUGCCCCAGGGUUCCUCCUUCUGGCUCGAGUUUGCCCACAACGGCAACGGCGACAUCGAGGCCGCCACCACCCGCUCCGGCUCGGAGAACUACUGCGACCCCGACACGGCCGUCUACCAGGAUGACUUCCCUGCCACUGCUCUUGAGUUCCAGAAGCCCCUCGGCACCGGCCAGGACUACUGGCCCGACAUGUUCACCACCUACAACUGGACCAAGGCCUGUGCCGACCGCGACAGCUUUGCCGUCUGGUUCCAGAAGGCUGCCAACCGUGACGCCUUUGGCCAUCUCUCGCACACCUUCUCCCACAUGUCGCUGAACAACGCCACCUACGCCGACGUCAAGCGCGAGAUCCAGUUCAACCAGGCCUGGAUGAAGCAGAUGGGCAUCGACCAGGCCACGCGCUUCUCUGCCCACGGCCUCGUCCCCCCUGCCAUCACCGGCAUGCACAACGGCGACGCCAUCAAGGCCUGGAUCGACAACGGCAUCACCAACGUUGUCGGUGACAACACGCGCAACCCCCUGCGCAACCUCGGCAACAAGUACCACCCCCUGACGAGCACUGUCGCCGACAACGGCUACGCCGGCCUCAACAUCAUCCCUCGUUUCGCCACCACCAUUUACUACAACUGCGACACGGCCGAGUGCACGCUCCGCGAGUGGAAGGAGACCUCGGCCGGCACUGGCGACUUCAAAACGCUCCUUGACAACGCCCGUGCCACCAACACGCGCUACCUCAUGAGCCUGCAGUCCGACCCCUACAUGUUCCACCAGGCCAACCUCCGCUUCAACGAUCAGCCCACCAUCACCGUCGGCACCAAGACGGCCAAGAUGUCCCUCGUCAUGGCCUGGGUCGAGACCAUUGCCCAGGAGAUGACCCGCCUCACCAACUGGCCCAUCACCACCCUCAAGCAUGACGACAUCGGCAAGUACUUCAUCGACCGCAAGACCCUCGACGCCUGCAAGCCCAAGGUCUCCUACGGCUACGCCGCCGACGGCAACUCGAUCAAGUCCAUCACCGUUACCGCCAACGGCAACUCCUGCGCCGUCCCCGUCCCCGUCACCAUCCCCUCCGGCUCCGUCACCGCUGCCGGCGGCUCUGCCACCGCCGACGUCGUCGGCUCCGAGCCCCCCAUCCAGUGGGUCACCCUCAGCGGCUCGCCCGUCACCCUCACCCUCGGCACCGCCGUCAGCAUUGCUGCCUAA